AGCAAAUGAACUUCACUUCAAAGAUAACACAUAAAGAAAGUUCAGCUUAGUGAAGUGUUCAAAGGGAGAAAAUAUGAACAUGGAGAUUGAAGAAGCUGGCAGCUAUGAAGCACUACCACUUCUCUCCCUGAAUCAUGUAUCUUUAUUGUGCAGAUCAGUGCUGCACUCUAUGAGGUUUUAUGAGGAAGUUUUGGGUUUUGUUCUCAUCAAACGCCCUUCCUCUUUCAAAUUCAAUGGAGCCUGGUUGUAUAAUUAUGGUAUUGGAAUACACCUGAUAGAGAAUCCAGACAAUGAUGAUUUUGAUACCCCUAUGAAUGAAUCACGACCCAUUAAUCCGAAGGACAACCAUAUAUCAUUCCAAUGUACAGAUGUUAGUAUAGUGAAAAAGAGGUUGGAAGAUAUGGCAAUGAGGUAUGUUACUGCUUUGGUGGAUGAUGAAGGAAACAAGGUGGAGCAGGUGUUCUUCCAUGAUCCUGAUGGGUACAUGAUAGAGCUUUGCAACUGUGAGAAUAUCCCAAUAGUGCCCAUUUCUUCAUGCUCUUUCAAGUCAGUGUCACGAGGCCAGAGCUUUAAGAAGGCUACUAGCAAGUGUGGAUUCAUGGAAAAUGUUAUGAUGGAAAGCUUGAGCAUGGACAUGAUGAACUUUGCGUUUUAAAUUUUGUCUUAAUGUCGAAAAAGGUGGAGAAAUAACUUCCAUUUUUUGUCAGUAAUACCAGAAAAAUGCUUGUUCACCAAAACAGGGAAAAGGUGCUGAGCAUUGUUGUUAAAUUUUGUGUAUGUACUCAACACUAUCCAUAACUAUAUUGUAUAUGGGUUGUUUGAAAUAAUAAUAAAGUUUUGAGACUAAUUUGUUGCAUGAUA